AUGUACGUGUUCCUGGCAGUAAAGGCCAGGCCCCCCUGGAGUGACUCAGAGCCUCCCUUGCGUUGGCAGCUCACAGGGGGCAUCGGCUUCAUCCAUCACAACUGCACCCCGGAGUUCCAGGCCAACGAAGUGCGGAAGGUGAAGAAAUACGAGCAGGGAUUCAUCACGGACCCCGUGGUGCUGAGCCCCAACGACAGAGUGCGGGAUGUGUUUGAAGCGAAAGCUCGGCACGGAUUCUGCGGCAUUCCCAUCACGGACAACGGGAAGAUGGGGGGGAAGCUGGUGGGGAUCAUCUCAUCUCGCGAUAUCGACUUCCUGAAAGAGUCAGAGCACGACUUGCCCCUUGGAGAGAUAAUGACAAAGCGGGAGGAUCUUGUUGUGGCCCCGGCCGGAGUAAUGUUGAAAGAAGCCAAUGAAAUUCUGCAGAGGAGUAAAAAAGGUACCUGCGGGACCCGCCUGGACCUGCUCGUGCAGGCUGGCGUGAACGCGGUCGUUCUGGAUUCCUCUCAAGGAAACUCCAUCUUUCAGAUCAAUAUGAUUAAAUAUAUUAAGGAGAAGUACCCUAACCUGCAAGUUAUUGGAGGAAAUGUUGUGACUGCGGCUCAGGCCAAGAACCUCAUCGACGCAGGGGUCGAUGCCCUGAGGGUCGGCAUGGGCAGUGGCUCCAUCUGCAUCACGCAGGAAGUGCUGGCGUGCGGCCGCCCCCAGGCCACGGCCGUCUACAAGGUGUCCGAAUACGCCCGGAGGUUUGGAGUGCCGGUGAUCGCGGACGGAGGGAUCCAGACGGUCGGGCACAUCGCGAAGGCCCUGGCGCUCGGCGCCUCCACGGUGAUGAUGGGAUCUCUCCUGGCUGCCACCACGGAGGCCCCGGGCGAGUACUUCUUCUCAGAUGGAAUUAGGCUGAAGAAAUACCGGGGCAUGGGCUCGCUAGAUGCCAUGGACAAGAACUUGGGCAGCCAGAAUCGGUACUUCAGUGAGACGGACAAAAUCAAAGUGGCCCAGGGGGUCUCUGGAGCAGUGCAGGACAAGGGCUCUAUCCACAAGUUCAUUCCAUGGGAACGGGCCACUGCCCGGCCCGGCGCUCUGCUCCCUUGGCUCCUGCUGGCCCCUGACCGCGCGUCCUCCCUCCCCAGAGCCAUGAUGUACUCGGGAGAGUUGAAGUUUGAGAAGAGGACGACGUCUGCGCAGGUGGAAGGAGGGGUCCACGGCCUCCACUCGUAUGAGAAGCGCCUCUUCUGAAGGAGCUCCAGCCCCAUCUCCUCAUCGUGCCACUCGGCCCCGUGCCACCCCGCACCGGAGCUGCUCUUGCUGCACAAGUGCCAUUGCUCUGUGGGCUGCCUGGAGCCCCCCCGUGUCCGUUGGCUGCUUCACCACCACCUGGGAGGGCCCAAGAGCCGCCCAGGACCCGG